AUGUCUAGCCAACCUGGCAGUCAUCAAAACCAGUCGUCAUCUGUGUCGACUUUCUUGUCGACUCUGGUUCCUGUGCUGAUCAUUGGAGCUGUUAUCCUCACAGUCUUCCUCAUCUUCCGCCCCAAGUACAAGAGAGUGUACGAGCCGCGUACUUAUCUGCCGCUCCUUAGGAAAUAUGAGUACACACCACAACCAUCGGAUACGAAGUUCGGAUGGAUCAAGAACUUCCGCGGCCUCAACGACGACCACAUCUUGAUGCACUCUUCUCUGGACAACUACCUGUUCUUGCGCCUCUUCAAGAUUAUGUUCACUAUCUGCUUCUGUGGUGCUAUCCUGACUUGGCCCAUUCUUUUCCCCAUCAAUGCCACUGGUGGUGCCGGCAACAAGGAGUUCGAUCUCCUGUCGUUCAGCAAUGUCGCGAUUCCUCAAAAGACCAACUACUACUAUGCACAUGCUAUCCUUGCCUGGGUCUUCGUCGCAUUCGUUAUGGUCGUCAUUACUCGCGAGAUCAUCUACUUCAUCAGCCUCCGCCAAUCGGUCAUCACUUCCGUGGCGUACAGCAGUCGCCUUUCGUCCAAGACGGUCAUGUUCACCAAUGUCGCCGAUGAGUACCUCAAGGAGAGCGCUCUACGUGAGCUGUUUACUGGCGUGUCCCGCGUCUGGAUUCAACCAAACGUGAAGGCGCUUGACAAGGUGGUCGGUGAGAGAGACAAGGCCGUAACCAAGCUUGAGGCUGCCGAGAACAAGCUCGUCCAGAAGUUCGUCAAGAACCACAACAAGGCUGAAAAGAAGGGCAAAGCCGACACUUCGACCAUUGACCGCGAGAGUGGCCGUGUCGAAGUCGACCACAAGAUUCGCCCCACCCACCGUCUUGGAAAGAUUCCUUUCAUCGGCAAGAAGGUUGACACAAUCGAAUGGGCCAGACCUGAGAUUACCCGCUUGAACAAGGUCAUCAGCGAGGAGACCGACAAGGCUCACAACGCCGAGAAGGUGCCCGCUGUCUUUGUUGAAUUCGAAACCCUUGAACUCGCCCAAGCCGCUCACCGUCAACUCGCCGGCAGCUCCAUGCAGAAGAUGAAGGGAUCCAAGCUCACUCCCAAGGUCGUCGGUGUCCAACCUCAGGAUAUCAUCUGGGGCAACUUGAGCAAGAAGAACAUGGUCACUCGUCUCCUCAAGAUUGCCACCACCACCUUUGUCGUUCUCAUGAUCAUCUUCUGGGCCAUCCCCGUCGCCUUUGUUGGUGUCAUCUCAAACAUCAAGACUCUUGAGACCAUCUCCUUCUUGACAUGGAUCAGCAGCAUUCCCACAGUCAUCUUGGGUGUCAUCACCGGUCUUCUUCCCUCCAUCAUGCUUGCUGUACUCAUGGCAUUGGUCCCCAUCGUCUUGAGACUUCUUGCUGGUCUCUUUGAGCCUACCAAGUCUGCUGUCGAGCUGAGAACCCAAGCAUGGUACUUCUCCUUCCAAGUUGUCGAUGUUUUCCUCGUCACCACCUUUUCGUCUGGAGCUGCUGCUGUCGCAAAGCAGAUUGUCGACAGUCCCGGAUCGGCACCUACCCUUCUCGCUAGCAACCUUCCUCUUGCCUCCAACUUCUACACUGCUUACUUCGUCGUCACCAUGGUUAACCAGGCUGCCAUGCUUGUUCUGAACAUCGCUCCUCUCUUGUUCAUUGCCUUCCUCGGAAAGAUCCUGGACUCGACUCCUCGCAAGGUCUACAAUCGCUACGUCAACUUGAUUGGUCUUGGUUGGGGUUCCGUUUACCCCGCUUAUGCCAUGCUUGGUUGCAUCGCCAUCGCCUAUUCCAUGAUUGCUCCUCUGCUCCUUGGAUUUGCAAGUGUUGGUUUCACCCUUCUCUACUUUGCUUACCGCUACCAACUUCUUUACGUCAUCGGUAACGACUCAAUUGACAUGAAGGGUCGCUCCUACGCUCGUGCUCUCCAGCAGCUGACUGUUGGUGUCUACCUCCUGGAGUUCUGCUUGAUUGGUCUCUUCGCUAUUGGUGUCUCUUCAGACAGAGCCGCACUUGGUCCUCUGAUCCUUACCAUCAUCCUCGCCGUCUUGACUAUCACCUACCACGUCAUCAUGAGCAAGACUCUUGGUCCCAUUGUCGAUGGUACUGAGAUGAUGCCUGGCAGCGAGGACGGUAACCGCAACCACUCUACUACCGCCCUCACCGACUUCACCGAGGAGGGUAAGCCUAGCACCAACAGCGCCCGUGACACAUCGCCUACGCUGGGCGGCUCGGAGGAUUCGCCCAAGAAGACUGGUAUCAAGGGAAAGCUCCAGCACUUCUUCUUCAGCUCGCGUUUCGCUGCCAAGUGGCUUACCGUCCGCAAGGAGUUGGCAUCUCACUUCAACGAGCCCAGCCGUCCUUACACCAACGAGGAGCUUGAGUUCGCGUUUGUGCCUCCCAGUCUCGCCAACGAGCAGCAGCUUGUCUGGAUCGCUCGUGAUGACUUCGGUCUCUCCUCUCAGGAGGUUGCUGGCUGCAAGGAGCACGAUGUCCCUGCCACUGACGAGGAGGCCACUCUGGAUGAGAAGGCCAAGGUGCAGUGGAGCCAGGAGAGAAUCCGCGAGGCACCCAUCUUCGAGGAGAAGGUUCCUUACUAA